GAGCCUUGACCAGCAAGAAAACCGACUACAGCAGAAUUUCCAAGAGUUGCACGACAAUGUUUUGCUCCAGCACUGUGAUGUCGCUGGCUCUCUGCCUGCUGACUUGUGUUCACUCUGGCAUCAACGCGUAUCCAGCCAAGCCUGUCAGCCCCCGAGAAGGCGCCCCACUUGAUGAGAUCGCCAAAUAUUAUUCUGCACUAAGACACUACAUCAAUCUCAUUACGAGACAGAGGUACGGGAAACGUGACACCCCAGAUACUGUAUUUUCAGAUGUGUUGGUGAGGGAGAGCUCAGAGAGUUUUCCAGGAUCUAACUAUGGCAGGUAUGAUGGGCUGCCACUGUGGUGAUGCUGCUGGAGCUGUCAUGUCCAGGCGGAUUUUACGACAAAGCUGCUCCAUCCACAUGAAAUCAAUUUGGACUGCAUGGAAUGAAAAUUGUGUUGCGUAACUUGUUUGGUCUGUAAUGUUGAUUAACACUCAGUAGUACUACCUUGCAUUUCUUGUAUUUCUAGUGUCAGUAUGUUGAGCAACGUCGUUUGUGUCAUUUUCUGAUGGAGUAACAGUGCUGCCUACUGGUGAACAUGUAUCUCUUAACAUUUUCAAGCUCGGCAUGUAGCUCAUAACUCAUGACUGUUGUUAAUGUUAUAUUUUUAGGGAAAGUAAAAUACAAAUUAACUGUUAAUUUCACACACCACCGUGUUGCAUUUAUUUGACUGGUUUCUUUCAAGCCAGAUGAGAUGUGGCUCCACCUUGCCUGAAAAUAGAUUAACAGUUUAAUCCAAUCAAGUGACCUGGAUACAUCACGCAGCACAACUCUGGUUAACUCGGUCCAUGAGACUGGCGUUCUGUAACUAUAUGAAAGCUCUGGGUUUUCAAAGAAGCUCCAGUGCAGCAGAUUUACCAGAUUUGGUGAAUUGGAAAUCUGUUGUUGCUGCAUGCUGAUGUAGAAAUUAAGCCAGAUGUAGGGAUGGUAUCACAAGGGCUAUGGUAGAAAUGUACAAUACAGUAGGCUACACGUUCCUCAUGGGGUAAGUGUUUCUUAAAAGUUUAAUUCUUAAAUAUGUUGUUGGCUAUGCAAUUGUAGGCACUGAUAUGAUGCUUGAAGUUUUGCCAGUGAGAAAAAAUGUAAUGCUUACACGAACAAUAUAGUAAAAGCUCUCUAUUACCAUUUUGGUACAUAUUCUAUUCACAAAUAGAUAUUUAAAGUUUAAAUAGCUAGCCUAAAUUUGUAUUUAUGGUUAACAAACUACUGAGGUGUCAACUCACAAUAUUGCAGAGAGUAAAGGCUAAAAUCAAAGCUCACAUUUUG